UGCCCAAUUUUCCCAUACCCAUCAAUCAUGGCCGUCCACAUCACCACAUCUCUGUCAGGAAUUUCAUCAAACACCAUCCCGGCAUUCGCCAUUUCACGAGCCAGCGAGUAGAACUCAAUCAACGCACUGGCAAUGAAACGAUCUCGGCAAAACCCAAGCUUCAAAACAUGAACAUGUACCGAAAAUCCCAGUCCCCUGAGGUCAUCCAAGACCAGAGAGCACGCCUUGAUCAGGGGUGUGAACGUAUAAUUGUUCACAAUGAUCUUACAGCUGAGCAUCUCCUUGAAACUCAGAACUGCAGGCACCGGCGAAUCCCACUGCACGUAUCCCCUGAUCAUGGUAUUGUACAAGAACGUGCUCCGGAUUUGAAUAUUGCGGAAAACAGAGCGGGCGUAGGCGAAGAAAUCGGGGUUCUUGGAGGCGACGGCGAAGGAGAGAAGCGGAGCUAUGGAGGCGGGGCUCUGGGGGAGAUAGAAUUUGAGGAAAUGGGCAUGGAUUUGUUUGAGCUGGAUGAGGGUUUUGCAAUUUUGCAUGAAGAACGGCAAGGGGAAAUCGAAUGGAUUUUCAGAGCCGUAGGUUACGACUUACGAUCCACUCUCCUUGGGACGAUGAAUGAAAUUGGUUCGUCCCUGUCCCAAUAGCCAUUGAAUUAGACAAAUUUUAGUUCUAAAUUAAAUAAAUUACAUAUUAUACGGAGUAUAUCGGAGUAAGACAAAAUAAUUUACUCCCUAUUAGAUUUCUUUCUUACAAUACUAUAUACUCCCUCCGUCCCAAAAAGAAUAUUACGUUUCAUUUUUUGCGCAUCUCUAAAAACACUUUUAUAUCGUCUCAAAUGCCAAAAAAACUUUCAAAACAAUUUCAUCUUAUAAUAAAGAGUAAAUAUGGUA